UCCGCAUAAAAUCUAUUAUCGUGCAUUGAAUCGCUUCCAAAUACCUUCCCAAGUUUUCUUUUCUCUCCUUCUCUUGCAUUUAGAUUUGAUAGAUAGGCGGGACUCUUAUAGUGCAAGAAUCAAGUUUCUGUAUCGGACGUAGGAAAAAAUGGCAGGGGAAGAGAAGUGUUGUGUUGUCACAGGAGGAAGGGGAUUUGCAGCACGGCAUUUAGUGGAAAUGCUGAUCCGAUCUAGAAAAUGGUCAGUUUGCAUUGCUGACUUGGCCCCAUCUAUCAAGCUUGAACCUGAAGAGGAGGAGGGAAUCCUUGGGGAAGCUCUUCAAUCGGGGCGUGCCAAAUAUGUGUCUGCCGAUCUUCGCAACAAGUCCCAAGUGAUCAAGGCAUGCCAAGGGGCUGAGGUUAUCUUUCACAUGGCUGCCCCAGAUUCAUCCAUCAAUAAUUAUCAGCUUCAGCAUUCGGUCAAUGUUGAAGGAACUAAAAAUGUUAUCGAUGCUUGUGUUGAGUGCAAAGUAAAGAGACUUAUCUAUACAAGUUCUUCUAGUGUGGUCUUUGAUGGAGUUCAUGGAAUAUUUAAUGGAGAUGAAUCAAUGCCAUAUCCACCUAAGCACAAUGAUUUUUAUUCAGCAACUAAAGCUAAAGGAGAGGAACUGGUCAUCAAGUCAAAUGGUACAAAUGGGCUUUUGACAUGCUGCAUACGUCCCAGUAGCAUUUUUGGUCCUGGUGACAAGCUUUUGGUUCCAUCAUUAGUUUCGGCUGCAAGGGCUGGAAAAUCUAAGUUCAUCAUUGGUGAUGGAAAUAACUUGUAUGAUUUCACAUAUGUUGAAAAUGUGGCUCAUGCGCAUAUAUGUGCUGAGCAAACCCUAGCUUCAGAAGGAGAAGGUGCAAAGAGAGCUGCAGGGCAGGCAUACUUUAUAACAAAUAUGGAGCCAAUAAAGUUUUGGGAGUUCAUGUCAAUGAUUCUUGAAGGUCUUGGCUAUGAAAGGCCAAGAAUCAAAAUCCCUGCCUCUGUUAUGAUGYCGAUCGCAUAUAUAGUGGAGUGGACAUAUAGGAUCUUAGCCCCAUAUGGCAUGCGGGUUCCACAGCUAACACCUUCAAGAAUCAGACUCCUCUCAUGCAGCAGGACUUAUAAUUGUUCAAAAGCCAAGGAUCAACUUGGCUAUUCGCCUAUUGUCCCACUUCAGGAGGGUCUGAAAAGGAUGAUUGAGUCAUAUCCACACUUGAGAGCUGAGUGUCAACCUAAAAGAGAUGGCCCAUCUAAGGUUUUCAUAUAUCUUGGAAGUGGAAAGGUUGCCAACACACUCCUGUGGAAAGAGAAAAAGCAGACGCUAACCACAGUGCUAGUCAUGAUUGCUUUUUACUAUUACUUCAUUGCGUCUGGAUACACUGCCAUAACUGCCAUCUCAAAGCUUCUCUUUGCAGUCACAGUCUUCCUGUUUGUCCAUGGCCUUCUACCUGCAAAAAUAUUAGGCUAUACAAUUGAGAAAAUCCCUGCAUCCAAUUUUUGCUUUUCUGAAGAGACAUCACAGAAGGUUGCUCUAUUGGCUGCAUCCACAUGGAACUCUGCAAUUAACAUUCUAAAAGUUCUCUACAUGGGAAAGAACUGGAAACUGUUCGUCAAGGUUAUUGUUUGUCUAUUGAUUCUCAGCUUACUUGGAACCACUUCACUUCAGAGAAUAUUUAUUACAGGAGUACCCUUUGCCUUUACAGCAUUCUAUGUGUAUGAGAAAAAGGAAGAGGAAAUUGAUGGUUUGAUCCAUGGAGCUUUUUCGUUUGGAUGGAAACUGAAAUCCGAUAUCAGCAAGAAAUUGCUGAUUUCCAAAUGACAGAGCAGCAUGAUAAAGMUCUAGUUUUCUUCGGUUUAUUCUUGAUCCUUUUCAGCCUUAAGCGCUUAGACGAGCUUUUUGUGAUUUGAGAUGUGGUUGAAAUUGCUGUAUUUGUAGCGUCUCUGUAUUCUGUAUCCCCUGCAGGCAUGCAUCACUUGGUCAUUCAAAAUGUAUAAACUGUUCAGUGUACUGUGAUUUGAAUUUUCAUGUGUUUAAAUUUUAUGAUUUGAAAUUUUCUAGCAGAUAUUUUAAUGAAAUUGUUGUAUUUGGUGUGUUUUGGUUUA